CCCCCGCGCUACCAUUCCGUCGCACCGCACUGCGUGUGUCCUCUCUCCUCUCCCUUGUCCCUCUCAAUCCCACACCCCACCCAAUCUCCCACACCGUCGCUCCUCCCAAUCCCGCCGCCGAUGCCUCCUUCGCCCCGAAACGACGGCGGCAGGGACGCCGACGCCCUCACCCGCCUUCUACCUCCCCCAGCUCGUCUUGUCGCCGGUCGAUUUGGAGGAGCCUCCUUUCGCGCGCCACCGCGGUCGGGCUGCGGCGACCACCAGAGGUCCGCCGCCGACAGGAGCUCCCUCCUUCUCCACCAUGAGGCACCAGCAGAGGAGGACGACUCCUCCUUCCACCCCUAGCCACGACGUCCAACCACUAACGCCGCCAGAAACCGUAGCCCGAAUCGGGCAGAUGUGCAGCAGCACGGGAUCCCCUCCAAAAGUAGCAUCUUCUUCUUCCUCUGGUUCUUCUUCUUCCCCGGAUCUGAUGCGUGUGCGUGUUCUCGUGGUUGUGUGCAGGCAGUUGAAGGAAGGGGCGGGCCAUGGAGACGCUGCAGGGGCCGCAUCGAGCACGCACACACACCGCCGUCCCUCGGAGGGCACCUCGCUGCUGGGGCUCGCCAACUACGCGGACGAGGAGGAGGAUGAGCACGGGGGCCCGAGGGGGCGCGCGAACGGCCGGCCCCGCGAGAAGGAGGAGGAGGACGAGAGGAGGGCUCUGGAGAGGCAACCCAUGCAGGUCGAGCUGCGCCGGGACUGCUCCUACCUCGACACUGUCAAUCGACUGAGGCCGCUUGAGAAGAGGCAGUUUGGGGUGUUUAGGGAUUGUAUGUAUGGGGGCAUUGAAGGCGUUCCUCUGCACGCUAACUGCAGGAGGAUGGCGAAGCUUCAACUGAUUGGCAGAUUAACGACUUGGCUCUCCAAGCAACAAAAUCAGUUCAGCGGCGGUCUUGGUUCCACUUCCUUGCUUAUUGAGGUGAUUAACGCUGACUAGCGCGGCCCGGUGGCGCCGUGCUAUUCAACCACUCGGAGGCGUACUUCGCCGUGAAGCCCGGUUGCCACGUCGCACAGAUGAUCGUCCAGGUGAUUUCGACGCCGGAGGUCGCCAAGGUGGAGGACCUCGACGCCAUCGUCCGAGGGAGGGAGGAUUCGUGUCCACCGGCAUCUGAACUCUGAGCCUUGUAGAUACAUCUAGAGAAGUGGUCUGUUUAGGUUGGUGGUAGACCACUAGGGAAGGUACCCACCUUACGAUGAUGGUUGUGUGUGUGAUGUUAAAUGGAUCUUGAGAUAGUUCUGUGAUGUUGUGUCUGAUGUUAAAUGGAUCUUGAGAUGGUUCUGUGA